AAAGCUUACAAGAUUUCGCUGUAUGGGUUACAGUAAAGUUUGAAACCAUCACUUUCAGUGGAGAGAAGGGGAAAGUGGCCAUGGACAACCGAGCAGGUGAGAACACGCAAAGAGCAACAAGAGGGCCCGGCGACGAAUUCUUACUAGUCGAACGGGGUUGGUUGAACUUCGAACAAAGGAGCAUCUCACCGCCAACCAAUAUUUGUCAAACCAAAACAAGGAAAAAAGAAAAAAAAAAAAAGGAAAAGAAAGAAAGAAACAAUACUUGACUGUUUCUUCCUCUCUGAAAUGGAGACGAUUAGCUGCAACGGAUGAUCCCUCUAAUUCGUGUGGUUCAUUUCGUUGCGUUUUUCUCUUCGACGAAUGCUUGCCGAUUAACUACAAGGGGCGAUCUGUCUAAUUAUUGUGGUAUAAUUAUUUGCCGAGAACAGCUACAGCCCAGUGGGUUGGAGGGAGAAGAAGCUUUAAGCCCUUAAUGGAGUAUUGACUAUCGUUCUGAAGGAGAAAUACAGCCCAAGUAUGAGCUGCAUCUGCUUCGGUUCCUCUACUGUGGAGAGGAAACGGAUCUCUACGCGUGCUGAUAAGGAGAUGGACGUUGACUUGCUUGAGAAUGUUAAACAAUUCUCCUUCAAUGAACUAAGAUCUGCUACAGAGGAUUUCCAUUUGGACAAUAGAAUUGGACGUGGAGGUUUUGGAACUGUUUACAAGGGCACAUUAAGGAGUGGAGUACAAGUAGCGAUAAAGAAACUUUCCACAGAGUCUAAGCAAGGGGCUCGGGAAUUUUUGACAGAGAUCCAAACCAUUUCAAAUGUCCGGCAUACAAACCUUGUUGAGUUGGUUGGAUGCUGUUCCCAAAAAGCUAACCGGAUUUUGGUCUAUGAAUAUCUGGAAAAUAACAGUCUUGACCAUGCUUUGUUAGAUCCUAAGAAUAAAAGUGUCAAACUGGAUUGGGGGAAGAGGUCCUCUAUUUGCAUUGGUACUGCUAGGGGCCUUCAAUUUCUUCACGAGGAACUUGUUCCACAUAUUGUGCAUAGAGACAUCAAGGCUAGUAAUAUACUCCUUGAUGGGGACUUCAAUCCGAAAAUUGGUGACUUUGGAUUAGCCAAACUUUUCCCAGAUGAUAUUACUCACAUUAGCACAAGAAUUGCCGGAACUACAGGUUAUUUGGCUCCGGAGUAUGCAUUGGGAGGUCAGCUAACGUUGAAGGCUGAUGUGUAUAGCUUUGGAGUCCUCAUACUUGAAAUAGUUAGUGGUAGACGUAGCGGUACAGCUUUCGGGGGAGAAAUACCAAAACUCUUGCUGGAACGGGUGUGGGAGUUAUACGAAGAAGGUAAACUCUUAGAUAUAGUGGAUCCAAGACUAGGAGACUAUCCUCAGGAAGAAGUGGUUAGGUACAUGAAGGUGGCUCUUCUCUGCACCCAAGCGGCUGCAAAACGACGGCCAGUGAUGAGUCAAGUCCUCGACAUGCUUACAAAGAAGAUCAAGCUUAACGAGAAGCUACUUACCGCCCCGGGAUUCUACGGAGGCUCGGGGCUUAGCGACAUUCCUUCUGUAAGCAAGAAGACCUCCAACACUUCCACUAGCAACGAGAUUAGCUCUGCUGUUAUCUCUAUAACUCAAAUCACCCCUAGAUGAAGAAGAUUCAAGUUACCACUUUUGCAGAUCAUAAAAAGCUGAGUUUCACGGAGAUUAGUUAGUCUUCAGUUUGUUUUUGUUGAAGCCUCUCAUUGUUAAAAUUGGGUAAAUAUUAGCUUUAUUUUGUCUGAGUUGCUCCAUAUUUAACAGGUUGCAACAUCGAUUUCAAGGAGAUCCUUUAUUAACUGUGUUUAUUCCAUUCUUAUGGUUCACAAUUGAAAUGAAUGUUGCAAUUACUCUCA